AUGGCUUCUGACGACAACGGCAGCUCGCGCGUCGAGCUCUACGAGUCAGGCCUGACCGUUCCAUCGGAUUCUGAGAACUACUCUGCAAACCACGAAUUGUCAUCUUCUCCUCCUUCGACAUCGAGCUCGCCUCUGAUCCUAUACAAGCCCCCCACGCUCUGGAGCAUCCUGCGCGGGGCGGCCAUCAACCUCGUUCUGCCCUUUGUCAACGGACUGAUGCUGGGCUUUGGAGAACUAUUUGCACAUGAAGCUGCUUUCCGCCUGGGCUGGUCGGGUACUAAGAUCUUCCCCACCUACCGACGCUCAAGACCUGUUGGUCCCGGAAUCGAAGCGCGAGAGAUCCCGACGAGCAGGAGACGCGGUAAUGCCGUGAACCUUGAGGACGCGAUGUCUCUGGAGUGA